GUAGGCUCAGUCAUUUCUAUCAGAUCAAAUCCACACUGAGGAGCCAUCGGCAAGAGGAGAUGGUUACGCGGCUAAUGCUAAUCUCAAGAUCAACGGGAACUUAUGAGACAUUCAGUUACAAGUCAACAACUGCCAACUUCCACACUGUGAUGUAUAGCUGCAUAUGAAAAGACACAGCCUAGUGUUUGAAUAUCAUAACCCUAAUUUAGCGAAGAGCUGAGUCUUCAGUAUGUGUUGAUUCAUAUUGGCUGGGUUCAUGUUGUCCUGAUUGCAGUGGGAAGCUCAUCGAACACCAGAACAGUGUUGGCCAGAACAGACAGGAGACCAUCACGUUGAGCAGGCACUCCCAUUUAGGGGUAUUUAAGAGGCACCAUCCCAAACACAUCCACAUUCCAACUGAAUAGUCAACAAUUAUCUACCAAAGAUCCACCGGUGAAAACCUGCAACCUUACGGACAGGAUGAAGGUCAAAGUGAUUAUGUUACUUUUUCUGAUCUUGGCCAUUUCAACCCUCAAGCAAGGUUCAGCUCUCGUUCCUGACGGAUACGUAGAAGAGAAUGUGGCUUUAGGUGGGAGGGCCACUCAGUCGGAUAUUCUGAAAGGGGGAGGGACACCAUUCAGCCUGCCUGGCAAUGCCAUUGAUGGAAACCGAGAUUCUGACUUCUACCAUGGAUCCUGCACCCACACCUCGGGAGGGGCCAACCCCUGGUGGAGGGUGGACCUGCUGCAGGUGUACACAAUCACCUCCGUCACCAUCACCAACAGAGGAGACUGCUGUGGGGAAAGGAUCAGUGGAGCUCGCAUCCUCAUCGGCAAACACCUGAAGAACAACGGAAUCAAUAAUCCACAGUGCAGUGUGAUUGGCUCUAUGGCAGCAGGAGAGACUAAAACCUUUCGGUGUCCGCAGCCAAUGAUUGGACGCUACGUCACAGUGUACCUCCCAAAAACAGAAUCUCUUCACCUCUGCGAAGUGGAAGUGAAUGUUUUAUUUCCUGCCCCUUGUUAAGUAGUCGUUUGCAAAUUCCUUUGUAUUUAAACGUGAUUGUUUCUUUACAGUCAGAUGCAGUGAAUCUGAAAUGGGGUAAUGAAAUAAAUUUGACUCUCUUGGGAUUUUGGGAUUAUGCUGUCAAGAGUGUACAAAAAAACCUUUUGAAGUUCUGCUUGAGUUCUUUCUGCAAGUUGAUUUAUGACUUCAUUUUCUUUUUAGCACAUCAAAUAGACACUCAAUGUAUCAAAUAAACAUUUAAGGCAUUGACAUACAUGUUCUGCAAGUUCAUUUAUUGACUGAUUUUCUUUGUAGUGCAUCAAAUAAACAUCUCAUUUAAAGCA